AUGAGACUGCUCUUUAUAAACAAACAAGAGUACCACCAGAGAACUGAAAGAAAAUGUCGGAAUAGAACAAAGCAGCUGAGGAGAGAGCAGCAUCAAAUAAAGGUGGUAGGAUUUUCUGCAAGUGAUAAGAUAGAGAUAAUCUUCUCUAAAUCCCAGAGAUUGUCAUGCUUGCUUUUUUGGCUGCACAAGGUUCAUCUGACACUUAUCCUUCUGAUUCAAGAAAUUAAAAAAAGCUAUGGGAAGGCAAGCAAAUGGCUCAGAAACCUCUUGAUCGGCAAGAGGAUUAAGGAGGAGAAAGAGAAGAGUGGUCAUGAACAAACUCUUACCAAGACAAAAUCUUUGCCUGCACCGGUGAUGGCCCCUAAAGAGAAACGGUGGAGCUUCCGAAGAGCAGUGACAACAGGGAAUAAUUCCAACUCUCAAGUCUGUGUUAAUCCAGGUCAGGAGGGGCUAUCAGAGUCUCAUGUGAAACAGCGGACCGAAGAUGUGGCUGAAGACAAAACCAAGAUUGCAGCAAGUGAUGCUGCUGUGGCUAUGACUCAAUCAGUAGCAGCCACAGUCCGCCUGAACUCCACAGCCAUAAGGGAUACAACCAGAGACAUUGAGGAAACAGCUGCGAUUAAGAUCCAGUCUAUCUUCCGGUCUCAUCUGGCAAGGAGAGCAUUGCGCGCACUGAAAGGUCUAGUAAAAUUGCAAGCAUUGGUGAGAGGACACUUGGUGAGGAAGCAAGCUAGAGCUACUCUCCGUUGUAUGCAGGCCAUGGUGACUGUUCAAGCAAGAGCUCGUGCUCAGCGGUUCCAAAUAUUUGAGGGAGCGCAGAGCAUACCACACAUUGCAACCGUCCACAGAAGAUCAAAACAUCCACUGUAUGCACCAUCAUAUGUGGAUCAUAGUGUUGAGGAGAAUGUUAAGAUUGUGGAGAUGGACACCAGUGAAUCCAGGAAUAUUCCAACUAGCAGAAAAAGCUACUCUAUCAAUCAUACUGAAGGAAUCGAUCCAAGGUUCUCCAAAUGUUAUCAUGGAAUUUAUGCAUCUAAGAAGACAGAGUACCAACAGAACUCUCAUUACCCACCAGAGUUAACUGAUAUAAACCCAGAAUCAGGCAGUUGGUACUUCGAGGAGUUCCCAUCCAACACACCACAAAGCAGCCCGCAAUGCCCAUCUGUUGUGUCAAUAUCUGAUGCAACACAAGCUUCUUUUCGCCAUUUCUCGACAAGGAAGCACAUAUUCAAUGUCCCACGAGUAUCCAUAUUUUUCCAAAAUUACAUGGCCAAUACAGAAUCAUCAAAGGCUAAGGCUAGAUCACAAAGUGCACCGAAACAGAGAACUGUCUCAUUUGAAAGACAACCAAGCAGGCAGAGGCCGUCAGUGGAAGGCAGGCACAUCCCAAGAUGUGUCAAGAUGCAAAGAUCAGCUUCACAUAUCUGCUCAACAGCCAAAGGUUAUCAGCAUGGAACAUAUAUCAAGCUUGACCAAUCCAACAUGUCCCUCGCUAACAGUGAAUGUGGUUCAACAAGCACCAUAUUUACAACUGCCAGCCAUUGCAGACCAACAUAUGAGGCUUACAGGAGUAGACAUUAACUGUUGCCACAUCCAUCUUGGAAGCAAUGAUUCGAUAUCAAAACACAAGCUGUGGGCAAUCUUCUAUAAUUGAUUGCAGUGAAUAGAUGAUGGGGAUGGAGAACCUUGUAUCAUUGAUGACAGCAGAAGUCAAUCGAUCAUCUUAAAUUUGCUUAAGUUGGACCAUAUGUCUUGCAGGAUAUUUAUUUCCUAAGACGAAAAAAUAAUGGCUAUCUCUGAGAUUGCGUGCCACAACCACCAUAGUAUUGCUUGGUAGUUUCCCGCGAAAAUUCUGCAAAUGUCAUCCCAUCUCUCAACCGUGAGGGCAAUGGUGGGAUUUUUUUCAAAAUUUCCUGCAUUAACUGAUUUGGCUUGUCAGAUCCAAGUGCAGCAGAACUCAGUACAUUAUCCUCAUCACAAGAUUUAGGCAUUACAUUGCCCGACCAGACCUUCUCAUGGUUUGCUUCUAAAAGACCAUCUGGAAAAGAGAGAACUUUGUUCCAUGCUGGUUGUAGGAAGACA